AUGGAAGCGCUGGCGUUGGCUCAGUGUCGCAUUCACUCGGAAACAGCCCCCAAAGACGACCAAGGACGGAACGCCUUGCAGACAGCAACUCCAAAUAUGCGCAUCGCCAACAUGUUGCCCACUCGCAUCUACGUCCCGCGGGCUCCUCCAGCGACAAGCCGCUACUUUGCAUGCUUGCUGCCCAGCCCUUUUUCUUUGAGCUGCCGCUCCUGUUGGCUCCUUGUCGUUGACUUGCAGCUCACACUUUCGUCUCAUUGGUGGCCUUCGACAUUCUCACCACACGAUGCCCACUCUGGACGUCUUCCUACAUGUUGCUAUCGUGGCUUCUCAGAGGCUUUUACCGUUCUUUACUCUCGUCCCAUUGGGAGAGAUUCACCCCUCGCUUCUCCCGUCGUGGGCAAGUCCGUUAUCCAGAGUGCUGACACUCUGACAAAAAAGCCACUUUCGAAAUCCCAUCAUCCCAAAGAUGCCCCCGUGGAGCCAGCUGCGAGCCACGGCCCUCCCAUCACACAUGCCCACAGUCUAGGGAUUCGUCCAUUCCCCUCCCAAACAGUCCAUGAUCGCCCCCUUUUCUUCCAUCUUCAUCUGCAUCCACCCGCUGUCGGGUCGAUCAUACCUGACGGAAAGAAGACAGGCACCCCUACUGCUGUGCCUCCGAUCGCCGAUUCUUCUAUCGCGGGGUGUGGCUGCUUGUGGUUCUGCGGUGCUGUGCUGUACACCCGCUCAGCCCCCCAUACACACUUGCAGUUGGGUCAUCUCGAUCCUCCGCGCUCCUCAAGGCACCAGGAUAACUUACCCUCUUCACAACCCACCCGGCAGCUCACCAAGUCACCCAAGUCGGACGAUCUUCGAAACGCUCCUUACAUCGCCGCCGAUCUCUCGAAAACCUCAAGACUAUCGCUCAUUCUAUCACUCACGCCCGAGACUGUCGACAAAACGCUCGCAGACCCGGAGAAUCAUAGAUGA